ACGGCGAGGGACCGGGAUGAGGGAGCUUCAGCAACCGCUCGGGGCAUUCCGGGUGGGGGAGUGAGGAGAUUCUGGUUACUUUUCCAAUGGUCAGAUUACAAUGCUCACACUCAAAGACAAAACAGUCACUGUUUAGUCGCUGGAGAACACUGGCAGAGAUAAGCAGCAAGUCAACAACCGCUGGGGGAGGAAGGACUUCGGUCAGAACGACAGCCGGAGCUGCGAUGGAGACGCCGGGCCCCGCCGUUCGCCUCUUCCUGCUGGCGCUCGUUCUCCCCGGAAUCUCGGCCGGCCGCUGUAACAUGACCGGGAUCUGGUGGAACAGCCUCGGUUCCUUCUUCCACCUGAGCGAGGCCCGGAACCUCAGCCUGAGCGGCCGCUACCGCACGGCGGUCGAGGCGGCGGUCGGAGAAGCGGGAGCCGACAGGCAGGCGCCGGUCUUCGGCAUCAGGCACGGCGGCAGGGAGCCGACCUUCACUAUGUCGGUCGCCUGGGCCGGGGGCUCCAUUACAUCCUGGGUUGGACAAUGCCUGAUGCUGGAGGAUGGGCACCAGAUUCUGAAGACCACGUGGCUGUUGAGGUCUCCAGUUUCCAGCCUACAAGAUGUCUGGCAAUCAACUAGAAUUGGAGAAGAUACUUUUCACCAAGCCACAGGAGAUGUCCUGUCGAAAGAAUCCUAAUCUCUCAAACUUCAGCAGUGCCAUGUCCUGCAGCUGUGAUUUUCAAUAAAGCAAAAUGCCAGUAUUCCCAGGA